AUGGACGCAAGCAAACAGGCAAAGAAAGGAGCCGGCGGUAGGAAAGGAGGAGGACCAAGAAAGAAGUCCGUGACUAAAUCCGUCAGAGCUGGUCUUCAGUUCCCGGUUGGUAGAAUCGGUCGUUUCUUGAAGAAAGGUAGAUAUGCUCAGCGUGUUGGUACUGGUGCUCCUGUCUACUUGGCCGCUGUUCUUGAAUAUCUUGCUGCUGAGGUUCUUGAGUUGGCUGGAAAUGCUGCACGCGACAACAAGAAGAAUAGGAUUAAUCCAAGACAUUUGUUGUUAGCUGUGAGGAAUGAUGUAGAGCUUGGAAAAUUGCUUGCUGGUGUUACUAUUGCUCAUGGUGGUGUUCUUCCUAACAUUAACCCUGUACUUUUGCCCAAGAGGAAUGAAAAUGCUGCUGCUAGUACUCCCAAGUCUCCAUCAAAGGCAAAGAAAUCUCCAAAGAAGGCUUAG